CAGCAUGCCGAGCGGCGGGAAGGGCGGCCAGCCAAUGGGGGGCAGGGGCGGGCGGCAGCCGGGGUAUAUAAGGAGCCACCCCACGCGGGAGAGCUGCAGAUACCUGGGCGAUUGCAGCAGAUUCCUGGGGAGCACUACAGCCAGCACAGCAGCUAAAAUGUGUGACAGACCAGACCUCUCUGAAGUUGAGAAAUUUGACAAGAAGAAGCUGAAAAAGACCGCCACGGAGGAGAAGAACACACUCCCUUCAAAGGAGAUCAUCGAGCAGGAGAAGGAAUCCGUGAAGUCUUCAUAGAGGGAGAUGGCCUGGCAGGAAGAGCCACCACUUAAUUUUUUUGCUUUGAAUUAAAUCAUCUGUUUUUUUUUUUAAUUACAUGUACCUGUAUAGAGAAAUGCUGCAACUUCUAACUCUGUCCCAUUGAGCCAGCUGCUUUGGCAGGUGGAGGGAUGAAACGUGGUCCUUCCAGAAUCCAUCAGUAGCCUGACCCAACCCCACCUUUUCUGCUUGGCCAGCUCCUGUUUACAGCACUGAUCUUGCUCUAAUGCAAUGAGGGAGGAGCAGAGGGCUAUGGGAGCUCCUGGGUACAGAGACCCCCUUCUGCUAUGGGUAGGGUAUGGUGUGUGGAAAUUCUUCUGAUUUGGCCUACUGACCUGGGUCUGUCUGGCAUAUUUGUUCACAAAUGGUGUUUCUGCAGCCUCACUCACAAUUUUUUGUCUUCCUUGAAAUAAAGUGAAAAGUUUAUUAUAAAAAUAAAAAAAUAUAAUGACCUA